AUGGGAACGUUUCAGAGCUUCAGGAAAGCCUAUGGAGCUCUUAAGGACUCCACCAAGGUUGGCCUGGCAAAAGUCAAUAGUGAAUACAAGGAGUUGGAUAUUGCAAUUGUAAAGGCUACCAAUCAUGUGGAAUAUCCUCCCAAAGAACGUCAUAUUCGAAAAAUAUUCUAUGCGACAUCAGCACAUCAACCACGAGCAGAUGUGGCAUACUGCAUUCACAAACUUUCUAAAAGACUCUCCAAGACGCGAAGCUGGAUAGUUGCUAUAAAAACAUUGAUAGCCAUUCAUAGAACUUUGAGAGAGGGCGAUCCUACUUUUAGAGAAGAGAUUCUGAACUACUCACAUAGGGGACAUAUUCUUCAAAUAUCCAAUUUCAAAGAUGAUUCAAGUCCUAUGGCUUGGGAUUGUUCAGCAUGGGUUCGAACUUAUGCUUUAUUUUUGGAAGAAAGACUCGAAUGCUUUAGAGUACUUAAAUACGACAUCGAAUCUGAACGUUUAACAAAAUCAUCACAAGCUGCAACUAAAGCACAUAGCAGAACUCGAUCAUUAGCUAGUAAUGAUCUUUUGGACCAAUUACCUGCACUACAGCAACUUUUAUACCGCCUUAUUGGUUGUCAGCCUGAAGGAUGUGCUUAUAGCAAUUAUCUAGUACAAUAUGCAUUGGCCCUGGUACUGAAAGAAAGUUUCAAAAUAUAUUGUGCACUCAACGAUGGAAUCAUCAAUCUUGUAGACAUGUUCUUUGACAUGUCAAGACAUGAUGCGGUGAAGGCUCUAAAUAUUUAUAAAAGAGCAGGCCAACAGGCUGAAAAUCUUGCUGACUUCUAUGAAUACUGCAAAGGCCUGGAGCUCGCUAGGAAUUUUCAGUUUCCAACACUUAGACAGCCACCUCCCUCUUUCCUUGCAACAAUGGAAGAAUACAUUAGAGAAGCACCUCAAACAGGCUCUCUUAAUAAAAGAUUGGUAAGAAAAAGUGAAUAUGAAGAAAAUGAUGAAUCACCUGAAGAAGAAUCUGAGCCCAAUGAACCUGAACCUGAAAAGCCUCAAGAAAAUGAAGAACAAGUUGAAGAAGUUACCAAGGAAGAAUCGGAGGUAGAGGAAGAAACACAAACACAAGAAGAAGAGGCUGAGCCUCCUCCUUUGAUAGCAACUGAUGAUGCUACAAAUGAUUUAUUGGGUUUGGAUGAAAUAAAUCCAAAAGCUGCACAACUAGAGGAAAGUAAUGCCUUGGCACUUGCAAUCGUACCACCUGGUGGAAAUAAUUCAAACAAUCUUGCUUUGAGUAACAUUGGCGGGACUACUGGUUGGGAACUUGCACUGGUUACAACACCAAGUAACCAUACUAGUCAAGCUCCAGAUCGCAAAAUGGCUGGUGGGUUUGACAAGUUGUUACUAGACAGUUUGUAUGAAGAUGAAAACGCUAGGAGACAACUUCAACUCCAAAAUGCAGGUUAUGGACAUGGGGGAGCAAUGGCUACACAGAAUCCAUUUCAUCAAUAUAAUCAGCAUGACCCAUUUGCAAUGUCCAACAACGUAGCACCUCCACCUAAUGUGCAAAUGGCAUUAAUGGCUCAACAACAACAAGAGCAACAAAUGAUGUUCCAACAACAACAAAUGAUGUACCAACCACAACAACAACAACAACAACAUAACAUGAUGAUGGUCCCUCACCAACAACCGUAUAACCAAUACCCUCAACAAAUGCAAACUACAGGUUCUCAUAAUCCAUUUGGAGAUCCUUUACCUGUACCGAAUUAUCCUCAUAAUUCCACGCCUCAACAAGGAAAUUAUAAUUUAAUGUAG